AUGAUGAUACAAAUUGAGAUAAAUUCAUUGCAGGAUUUUUAUAAUGUGACUGUGAUGCCUUGUUUUGAUAAAAAAUUAGAAGCGGUAAUGGAAAAAGGAGUCGAUUUGGUGCUCACAACUACUGAGUUGUUAGAGUUUCUGAAUGAAAAUGACUUCUUAAACGCCAUUCCCGAUCCUGAAGCACCUCUUUUCUAUUCCUCUACAAAGCAUAAAUCUGGAUCGCUUGGCUAUGGAGAAUUUAUUUUUAUAAAAGCUUGUGAAAAUCUCUAUGGUGAGAUCCCAACGAUUGAAAUAAAAACAACUCGAAGAAGAGAUUUAUUAGAAAUGGAGUAUCGUGAUUUGAAAUUUUGCUUUGCAAGUGGAUUUCAGAAUAUCCAAAAUACGUAA